AUGUUGUCCACUCAGGCUGACUUCUCUGAAAUCAACCUAAUAGCUCAUGCUACGGGGGGCUAUAGUGUUGAUAUCGAAGCAAUCCGGAAUGGAACCAAGGUCACCAAGUAAGUCUACUGUACAUCCUUUGAAUACAGUGUUCUACAUUAUGUUUACGAUAAUCAGAAACAAAUAUCAUAAGUGUGUCCUGAUUGCUGAUGUUACAAGAUAUGCAUGAUUUCUUGCAAUUUUCAAGUGCAAAACCCAGAAUAAAAUGUUGACUGUAUUGGUAAUGUGUGAUUUUCUAUUUGCCAAGAUGUUUCAGGCCAGACUUUGUGCUGGUUAGGCAGCAUGCCUUCAGUAUGGCCAAGAAUGGAGACCACCGACACAUAGUGAUUGGGUUACAGUAUGCUGGUCUCAUGGGUGUAAACUCUCUGCACUCUGUCUACAACUUCUGUGACAAACCAUGGGUGGUAAGCAUGGCAAUAUAAAGCAGAUACAAUUGUUUGUUGUUUGCUUUCCAAGCCUAAUCUAAUUCAAGUAAACAGCUAUGACUGCUAGACAGAUCAUGACUUUCGAUUUAACUGAAAAAGUAACCUCUUUUGUGUAUUAUCGCGUCUUCUUUCAGUUUGCUAAUAUGGUGAGAUUGUACAAGCAACUGGGACCAGAGGAAUUCCCACUGAUCGAGCAGGUUUACUAUCCCAACCACAGGGAAAUGGUGGGUGUUCUGCCAUCUGCUUCUCUCUACUCCUCCCCCACCACAACAUGGCCAUGUCUUCACACUAAAUAGACCUAAGCAAAGACUAUUAAGUGGCCCCUCUGUUUGGAUAACACAUACAUUUCUGUGUCCUGUAAGAAAAUGACAAAGGAGUAGCUAGCUUACAUCAAUAUUCCAUCUCAGAUCUAUCACAACAAUCAAUCUUAGUAUUGUCUCUGAUUAGACUGAGGGUGCAUGUGUACAGGUCCCAGUAGAGGCGGAGUGGGUUUGAUUAUUCCCUGUGCCCUAUGGAUCCCCUCAGUAGCACUGCACUGAGAUCAGUGUCUGUGCUGCCGCAGUGCUACCCCCCUCCACCCCUGCAGUCGCAGGCCUGCUCUCGGCUCAGCUCGCCUCAAUGAUCAUCAUGAAUCACUCCAUAACUGCUUUUUGGGCAAUGAAUUUUCACACAAUGAAGUAGUUGUAGAUUUUGUAAUUACAUGGGUUCUCAGUUGAUGUCACUGUUGCAUCUUUUCUAUAUAGCACAUUAAAACUUGAUGGUACUUUGUUAUUUAGCUGCAUCCUGACACAUUUAGCAAAUAGUAGCAACUCAAUUUGAUUUCACAGUUUACUCAAUGUAAAUAGUCUGGGUGGCCAUUUGCUUAAUUGUUCAGCAGUUUUAUGGCUUGGGGGUAGAAGCUCUUAAGGAGCCUUUUGGACCUAGACUUGGCGCUCUGGUACCGCUUGCCGUGCGGUAGCAGAGAGAACAGUCUAUGACUUGGGUGACUGGAGUCUUUGACAAUGUUUUGGGCCUUCCUCUGACACCGCCUAGUAUAUAGGUCCUGGAUGGCAGGAAGCUUGGCCCCAGUGAUGUACUGGGCCAUACGCACUACCCUCUGUAGCACCUUAUGGUCGGAUUCCGAGCAGUUGCCACACCAGGCGGUGAUGCAACCAGUCAGGAUGCUCUCGAUGGUGCAGCUGUAGAACCUUUUGAGAAUCUGGGGACCCAUGCCACAUUUUUUCAGUCUCCUGAGGGGGAAAAGGCGUUGUCGUGCCCUCUUCACGACUAUCUUGGUGUGUUUGGACCAUGAUAGUUUGUUGGUGAUGUGGACACCAAGGAACUUGAAACUCUCGACCCGCUCCACUACAGCCCCAUCGAUGUGAAUGGGGGUGUGUUUUGCCCUCCUUUUCCUGUAGUCCACAAUCAGCUCCUUUGUCUUGCUCAGGUUGAGGGAGAGGUUGUUGUCCUGGCACCACACUGCCAGGUCUCUGACUUCCUUCCUAUAGGCUGUCUCAUCAAUGUCGGUGAUCAGGCCUACCACUGUUGUGUCGUCAGCAAACUUAAUGAUGGUGUUGGAGUGGUGCUUGGCCACGCAGUCGUGGGUGAACAGUGAGUACAGGAGGGGACUAAGCACGCACCCCUGAGGGGCCCCAGAGUUGAGGAUCAGCGUGGUAGAUGUGUUGUUGCCUACCCUUACCACCUGGGGGCGCCCCGUCAGGAAGUCCAGGAUCCAGUUGCAGAAGGAGGUGUUUAGUCCCAGGGUUCUUAGCUUAGUGAUGAGCUUUGUGGGCACUAUGGUGUUGAACGCUGAGCUGUAGUCAAUGAACAGGAUUCUCACAUAGGUGUUCCUUUUGUCCAGGUGGGAAAGGGCAGUGUGGAGUGCGAUUGAGAUUGCGUUAUCUGUGGAUCUUUUGGGGCGGUAUGCGAAUUGGAGUGGGCCUAGGGUUUCCGGGAUGAUGGUGUUGAUGUGAGCCAUGACCAGCCUUUCAAAGCACUUCAUGGCUACUGACGUAAGUGCUACGGGGUGGUAAUCAUUUAGGCAGGUUACCUUUGCUUUCUUGGGCACAGGGAAUAUGAUGUUCUGCAUGAAACAUGUAGGUAUUACAGACUCGGUCAGGGAGAGGUUGAAAAUGUCAGUGAAGACACUUGCCAGUUGUUCCGCGCAUGCUCUGAGUACACGUCCUGGUAAUCCGCCUGACCCCGCGGCCUUGUUAAUGUUGACCUGUUUAAAGGUCUUGCUCACAUUGGCUACGGAGAGCGUGAUCACACAGUCGUCCGGAACAGCUGGUGCUUGCAUGCAUGCAUCAGUGUUGCUUGCCUCGAAGCGAGCAUAAAAGGCAUUUAGCUCGUCUGGUAGGCUCGCGUCACUGGGCAGCUCGCGGCUGGGUUUCCCUUUGUAGUCCGUAAUAGUUUGCAAGCCCUGCCACAUCCGACGAGCGCCAGAGCCGGUGUAGUAGGAUUAAAUCUUAGUCCAGUAUUGAUUCUUUGCCUGUUUGAUGGUUUGUCUGAGGGCAUAGCGGGAUUUCUUAUAAGCGUCCGGAUUAGUGUCCUGCUCCUUGAAAGCGGCAGUUCUAGCCUUUAGCUCAGUGCGGAUGUUGCCUGUAAUCCAUGGCUUCUGGUUGGGAUAUGUACGUAUGGUCACUGUGGGAACGACGUCGUCGAUGCACUUAUUGAUGAAGCCGGUGACUGAGGUGGUAUACUCCUCAAUGCCAUUGGAUGAAUCCCGGAAUAUAUUCCAGUCUGUGCUAGUAAAACCGUCCUGUAGCGUAACAUCCGUUUCAUCUGACCACUUCCGUAUUGAGCGAGUCACUGGUACUUCCUGCUUUAGUUUUUGCUUUGCUUGUAAGCAGGAAUCAGGAGGGUAGAAUUAUGGUCAGAUUUGCCAAAUGGAGGUUGAGGGAGAGCUUUGUAUGCGUCUCUGUGUGUGGAGUAAAGAUGGUCUAGAAAUGUUUUCCUCUGGUUGCACAUGUGACAUGCUGGUAGAAAUGAGGUAAAACGGAUUUAAGUUUGCCUGCAUUAAAGUCUCCGGCCACUAGGAGCACUGCUUCUGGAUGAGCAUUUUCUUGUUUGCUUACGGCCUUAUACAGCUCGUUGAGUGAGUUCUUAGUGCCAGCAUCGCUUUGUGGUGGUAAAUAGACGGGUAUUCAAAAUAUAGAUUAAAACUCUUGGUAGAUAGUGUGGUCUACAGCUUAUCAUAAGGUACUCUACCUCAGGCGAGCAAUACCUCGAGACUUUCUUAAUGUUAGACAUUGCGCAUCAGCUGUUAUUGACAAAUAGACACACACCACCACCCCUCAUCUUACCAGUCAUAGCUGUUCUGUCCUGCGGAUGCACGGAAAACCCAGCCAACUGUAUAUUUAAUGUCCCGUUGGUAGGAUAGUCUCGAACGGAGAUCAUCCAGUUUGUUCUCCAGUGAACGGAUGGUAGAGGCGGGUUACCCACUCGCUGAUGAAUUUUCACAAGGCACCCUGAUCUCCUCCCCCUGUAUUUCCGUAUUUUCUUCACGCGAAUGACGGGGAUUUGGGCCUGGUCCUUUGCGUCGGACUCAUUAAAGAAAAAAUCUUUGUCCAGUUCGAGGUGAGUAAUCGCUGUUCUGAUAUCCAGAAGCUUUUUUCGGUCAUAAGAGAUGGUAGCAGCAACAUUAUGUACAAAAUAAGUUACAAACAAUGCAAAAAUCACACACAAUAGCACAGUUGGUUAGGAGCCCGUAAAACAGCAGCCAUCCCCAUUCUCAACGUAUAGGCUGCCGUUUCAGACAGACAGCAGUGUGUUUAGUAGUUACUAACAGUGUUCUCCAACAUCGUAGGUAUCGGAUGUGGGUGGAGUCCUGAGGUGUUUGGCUCCUAUGUAGUAUGACGUUUUCCAAUGGGGGAUUUUGUGUUGUCUUUUGCUGCAGAUUACCACUCCUGGUUUCCCUGUGGUGGUGAAAAUGGGCCACGCCCACUCAGGGAUAGGGAAGGUAGGACUGGACUGCUCUUGUUACUGUUUGAAAGGAGACAAAGUAGGCCUGGAUUAGUGUUUAUGCUUCACAAAUCAAUACUAUUAACACAAUGUUAUUCAUGCCUUUACCCUGCAGGUGAAAGUGGACAAUCAAUAUGACUUCCAAGAUAUUGCCAGUGUUGUUGCCCUGACCAAGACCUAUGCCACAUCUGAACCUUUCAUCGAUGCAAAGUAUGAUGUCCGCAUUCAGAAGAUCGGAGUCAAUUACAAGGCAUACAUGUGAGUGAAAUAAAUGAGCGCCUUGUUGUGGUGACUCUGAGGGCAAUCCAUUCUACAAAUCCCCAAGCUAUUCAGCACAGGCUACAGAAAAUGUAUACUGCAUAUCCCAACAUUGAUGUGAAUUAGAUGAUCAAGAGAGAACAUGCUAAACGGUAGAUCUUGUCUGUUUAUCAGGCGGACAUCGAUUUCAGGGAACUGGAAAACCAACACUGGUUCAGCAAUGCUGGAGCAGAUAGCCAUGUCAGACAGGUGAGAGUUAACACAGUCUGGGCCUUUGUGCAUCAGACAGACAGCAGUGUGUUUAGUAGUUACUAACUGUGUUCUCCAACAUCGUAGGUAUCGGAUGUGGGUGGACUCCUGCUCUGAGGUGUUUGGUGGUUUGGAUAUGUGCGCUGUGGAGGCUCUGCAUGGAAAAGAUGGCAAGGAUUACAUCAUAGAGGUAAGGGAUUAGAAGUAUUGUUAACAAUGUUGCUCUUAUACUUAUUAUAUAGCUUACACUAUCCAGUUUUUUUUCUUUCUUUCUUAUUUCUCGUGUUUUUUUAAUUAAAACAAAUAUUUAUACUAUUUUACGGAAGCCCUGAAGCCCAAGCCCCCCAAACAUAAAAAAUACGUAGACUCUUGGAAUUAUCUCGUUUGAGAAAGUAUCUCAUUUGAACGUCUUAGUAUCUCGUUCCAACGACUUCAUUGUUCCUUUGUCUAAUUAGGCCUAAGUUGUUAUGCAGCGUGUCAGACCAUGUAAUGGUUGCUGCAGCCAUUCAUUCACUGAUUCCAUCCAUUGAUAUGAUUAUUCAUUGACAGUUCUUUGAUAGCUUAAAGCAGGGCUGAAGGCCAGAGCAUGUACAGUGCAUUCGGAAAAUAUUCAGACCCCUUGGGUUUUUUCACAUUUUGCUACGUUACAGCCUUAUUCUAAAAUUGAUUAAAUUGUUUUUUCCCCUCAUCAAUUUACACACAAUAUCCCAAAAUGAGUUUUUGCAAAUGUAUAUAUAUAAAAAAAACAGAAAUAUCACAUUUACAUAAGUAUUCAGACCCUUUACUCAGUACUUUUUAAGAAGCACAUUUGGCAGCUUGGCACACCUGUAUUAGGGGAGUUUCUCCUGCAGAUCCUCUCAAGCUCUGUCAGGUUGGAUGGAGAGCGUCGCUGCACAGCUAUUUUCAGGUCUCAAGGAUCUCUCUGUACUUUGCUGUGUUCAACUUUCCCUCGAUCCUGACUAGUCUCCCAGUCCCUGCCGCUGAAAAACAUCCCCACAGCAUGAUGCUGUCACCACGCUUCACCGUAGGGAUGGUGCCAGGUUUCCUCCAGACUUGACACUUGGCAUUCAGGCCAAAGAGUUCAAUCUUGGUUUCAUCAGACCAGAGAACCUUGUUUCUCAUGGUCUGAGUCUUUUAGGUGCCUUUUGGCAAACUCCAAGCAGGCCGUCAUGUGCCUUUUACUGAGGCGUGGCUUCCGUCUGGCCACUCUACCAUAAAGGCCUGAUUGGUGGAGUGCUGCAGAGAUGGUUGUCCUUCUGGAAGGUUCUCCCAUCUCCACAGAGGAACUCUGGAGCUCUGUCAGAGUGACCAUCGGGUUCUUGGUCACCUCCCUAACCAAGGCCCUUCUCCCCCAAUUGCUCAGUUUGGCCGGGUGGCCAGCUCUAGGAAGAGUCUUGGAAUUAGAUUCUCAGUGGGAAUCAAACCCACAACCCUAGCAUUGCAAGCGCCAUGCUCUACCAACUGAGCCACAUCAUCAAAUCAUCACAAACCACUUGAUGUCUCAAUGUACUCAAUUACUGUAUUGUGCAUUGUUUUUCUUCAUGGUGAUGGAAAGUCUACAGGUACAAACCUAGAUGACCAGCCUAUGUACAAUGCAGUAAUGUACAUUUACAUUGCGUUGUUUGUCCUUACAAUACUGCACAAAAAGUGGUUAUUUUCCAUGUUAUUUGAUCAAGAAAAAUAUUUAAUUUGAUGUGAAUGUUUUGUGGCUUUACCCAUAACUUUUCACCUUUUGAUGUAAAUGUUUGAGGACAGGGUUUUAUUCUUUCUGGAUAUCAUUAGAAUGACAAUUGCAGAGAAAGGGACAGGGCAACAACUCUUACAAUUUCAACUAUUGAAUCCUGCAAGAUACUGUUCUUAAUUAUACAACUACCUUUUUUGCCAAAGCAGAGACAUCUAUAUCGGUCUGCUAAUACUAGUAAAGGCCCAGUGCACUUCUUUUGUAGUACAAUAUAUAUAUAUAUUUUUGUAUUAAUCUUUUUUUAUUUAUUAUGAUUUUGCAGUGGGUGGUGCAGCUCCCUCAGCACCCCUUCUUCCUGUGGCUAUGCUUGAUUGUGAGCUAGAAUCAAAUGUUGAAUUAAAUGUGUGUGACACAAGAGGUUAACAACAGUUUUCCAUCAUUAGAAUUACUGUAGGGCAGGUAACGUGAUAUCAUAAGGGAAUCGCUUAGACCGCACUUACCGGUAGGAUUUACUAGUUUAGUUAUCUCAUGGGCUCUGGCAGAGAAGUAGCUUAUGUGAACGCUUUAACAGUAGCCUAAAUUUACAGUUAAAGUAUCCAUUACCAAUAAAUGAAUAAACUUCAGAGAUUAUAGGCUGGUUUAUGCUGCGAACAACAUGCUUUUAUUAGCCUACCAGAAUCACCUACAAAAAGAGGUUUGUGAUAGGCCUUCGAUUGAAAGGGUUAAUUUGUUAUAGCCUACAGUUCACAAUAACAGGAAAAAAUACAUUUACUCACCCAAAUAAAAUGAAGAGAUAAUAAACUUUCAUGAUGACACUUUGUUUAAUCUUUGAAUUGUUGGCUAAUGGUUUACUGAAACAUAAGGAAGCUAUCCGAUUUUCAAUAGCACCGAUGACAACAACCUAUUCAUUUGGUGAUAAGGCAAAGCUCCUAGAGAAGGAGCGCUUGAGAGGGAGAUCCGUGCGUAAUGGAUGGAUUUGGCUUUUUUAUUAGCAGGAAGAAGUUUAACUAAUGUCUAAUUGUGGAGUAUUUGGUAAACAAAAGUGUCACAAUAUAUAAGGGCAUAUUUAUCAAUCAGGGUCAUUCAAAUUAGAUAAUUCCAAUACCCGAAGUUUAAUUUUUUUGCCUUGGGCUUCAGGGCUUCCGUACUAUUUUGAUAUUGAAUACUGCAUUAUUGGGAAGGGCUUGCAAGUUAAGCAUUUCACUGUACUUGUGCAUGUGACAAAUAAAACUUGAAACUACUCUUAAACUGUGUAGUAACACUGUAAUUACACUGGUAACAACAUUGUAAUACCUUGUGUUUCUGCCUCUCGUUCUCUCAGGUGGUGGGUUGCUCCAUGCCCUUGAUUGGAGACCAGCAGGAUGAAGACCGUGCUCAAAUUGCAGACCUGGUCAUCUCCAAAAUGAACCAGACAGUCCCACGCACUGCAAGUCCCUCUCCUGUCCGUCCCACAGCUGCACAGCCCGCACAGGUGACACUGUUGCUAACCACAACUCAGUCUAAUAGACUUCAAAUGAGUCAACAUUUGUCAAAAGGAAUAUGUUUAGAUGAGUGGUCUCUUUUGUUAAUAGGCCAGUAUAUUUGGUGUGUAUUUAUAACCCAUUGACUUUGUGUUUCAUUGUGACAUGUUGGCCAUGCAGAAAGCUGCAUCCCCUCAGCCCAUCUCACAAGGUAAGAAGAUGGCUCUGUAAUAUUAAGGCCCCAAAUCCCAAUGGACACUUGCUUUUGUUCAUUAACUGGUAAUAAGAUAGAUAAAUCGUUUUUUUUUAAAUGACUGCUUGAUAGGGAAUCAGGAUAAACAGUGCUCUAUCUCCUCCAGGUGGCCCACAACAGGCACCCACAGGCACUGCCGCCCCUCGCCAAGGAGCCCCCUCACAGCAGCGCCCCUCUCCCCAAGGUCAGCCCCCUGCACAAGCCCAGCCCCCUGCCCCCGGCCCCAACACCCAGAACCCCCCUGCUCAGACACCACAGCAAGACAGACAGGCCAACCCAGGAGUUGGUUCUCAGCAGCGUCCCCCAGGGCAGGGGCAGAAACCCCCCUCUGGUCAGGGAUCCCCCCAGCGAUCCAUGAGCCAGGGGGGCUCCCCUCAAAACCAGAGGCCACAGCAGUCAGGUCCCCAGCAGCAGCAGAGAUCCCCCCCUGGAGGCCCGGGCCAGAAGCCCACAGGGGGCCAUCCCCAGCAGAGGCCCCAGCAGAAGCCAGGCCAGCCUGCCAGGCAGCAGUCCCAGGGAGGAGACCCCCAGGCCCCCCAGCAGCAGAGGGCUCCAGCCCAGCAAGGUCGCCCUGGGGCCCCUACCACUCAGCAGCCCCGCCCUAUUGCCCAGGGCCAGGGAGGCCCCGGAGGGAAACCUCCUCUGCUGCAGAAGCCCCAGACCCCACAGAAGCCCAUCCAGGACCCCCCUGCUAUGGGAGCCACCCCUCCACUGAAGUAAGCAAAGCUUUCAUAAAAUAUUCCAAAACAUUCAAUGCCAAUAUACUUUUUGCUCAGUCUAUCCCAACUGUAUUACUCAAUAGCUCAAUAUUUGAUGUAACAUCCUCCUGUUGUUUUUGGCAGAUAUAAUAUGAUACCAAUCAGCCACACAGGAUGCUAUGUCUAUCUCAUUCUAGAUACGGAUGAGUAAUUAACUGACGAGAGGAUUCUGUGUUCCAGAUUUAGCUUUCAUUUCUUUUUAUCUCCAUGAAGGGGAUUGAUGUGCAUGAUGCUGUUAUAUCUGUACUGUAGGCUAGAUAUUGAGAUGAAUAUUGAGUUUGUAAAUUUAUGUAGCUAUAUUUUGUCAUGGGAUAUGUUAUCAGAUGUUUAGAGUGCGAUUUGUUAUUUGAUCCAAAUGUUUGGACUGAGUGUGCAUGAAUAUGGAUAAGUCUUUUCAAGAUGAUUCCAAUGGAAUGUUCACACUUUUUGUGUCCUGCUCAUUAUUCAUUUUCAUGUUGCAAUUGUUACAAAAUAUUGUGAGAUUGGGUUACUUUCAAAUAUUAGUAUAGAAUUUGGCUAAAUUUUUCAACAAGCUUUAAUCAAUUUGAAUUUCCUGCACUCCCUCAAACCUUUUCUUUGUUUGACAAACCUUGGGACUUUAUUGUAGCUUAUUGUAGCUUAUAUUUGUGUGCUCACCUUAAUCAUUGCUCUACAAAAUAAUUAGCAAAAACUGUAGAAUUGUGUGUUAAAAGCAUUUACGAUCAGGCAAGUCAGUAGAUAUGACUGAUCAAGUUUUGAUCCAGAUCAUUAUUCACAGGAUUAAACUGUUGCAUUCAAUGUGUCCAAUUUCAGUCUACACUGAAAAAGUCAUACUUUUCUCUCUCUCUUAAUUCACUCUGUCACCUUUUUUUAUGUGAUGAAAGACAUUAUUUUUACAUUGAUGACCAGGAAAUUACAAGGACUGUUAUUUUGGAUAAUGCUAGAUUUUAUGGAUGAGAUGUUGGUCAGGGCUGACCCUAGGCAUAAGCGACAUAAGCGUCCGCUUAGGGCCCCGCGGCUGCCAGAGUGUCCCAACCCCACAAAAAUGACAAAAAUGACUGAUGAGCAUUAGAAUAGCAGAAUACACAAGGUGCAAUUUCGCAACAACAUUUCGUAUAGGGACACCAAAAGGCUGGUUGGCAUUGUAUUAAGUACCAUUGACCAUGUUUAAUGUCCUGGUAAUUCUCUGGUGAUUCAUGAAAAGGAAAGUUUAAAUAACACUAUAUAAUUUACAACUAAAGCAGUGUUCCUUUAAACAUGUGAUAGAAGGCAAUGUGGAAAGGGUCAGUAAAUUAUGUAGGUUUCUAGAGUAUAUACAGUGGGGGAAAAAAGUAUUUAGUCAGCCACCAAUUGUGCAAGUUCUCCCACUUAAAAAGAUGAGAGAGGCCUGUAAUUUUCAUCAUAGGUACACGUCAACUAUGACAGACAAAAUGAGGGGAAAAAAUCCAGAAAAUCACAUUGUAGGAUUUUUAAGCAAAUUAUGGUGGAAAAAAUGUAUUUGGUCAAUAACAAAAGUUUCUCAAUACUUUGUUAUAUACCCUUUGUUGGCAAUGACACAGGUCAAAUGUUUUCUGUAAGUCUUCACAAGGUUUUCACACACUGUUGCUGGUAUUUUGGCCCAUUCCUCCAUGCAGAUCUCCUCUAGAGCAGUGAUGUUUUGGGGCUGUCGCUGGGCAACACAGACUUUCAACUCCCUCCAAAGAUUUUCUAUGGGGUUGAGAUCUGGAGACUGGCUAGGCCACUCCAGGACCUUGAAAUGCUUCUUACGAAGCCACUCCUUCGUUGCCCGGGCGGUGUGUUUGGGAUCAUUGUCAUGCUGAAAGACCCAGCCACGUUUCAUCUUCAAUGCCCUUGCUGAUGGAAGGAGGUUUUCACUCAAAAUCUCACGAUACAUGGCCCCAUUCAUUCUUUCCUUUACACGGAUCAGUCGUCCUGGUCCCUUUGCAGAAAAACAGCCCCAAAGCAUGAUGUUUCCACCCCCAUGCUUCACAGUAGGUAUGGUGUUCUUUGGAUGCAACUCAGCAUUCUUUGUCCUCCAAACACGACGAGUUGAGUUUUUACCAAAAAGUUCUAUUUUUUUUUUUCAAAAAGUUCUAUUUUUUUCUCCCAAUCCUCUUCUGGAUCAUCCAAAUGCACUCUAGCAAACUUCAGACGGGCCUGGACAUGUACUGGCUUAAGCAGGGGGACACGUCUGGCACUGCAGGAUUUGAGUCCCUGGCGGCGUAGUGUGUUACUGAUGGUAGGCUUUGUUACUUUGGUCCCAGCUCUCUGCAGGUCAUUCACUAGGUCCCCCCGUGUGGUUCUGGGAUUUUUGCUCACCGUUCUUGUGAUCAUUUUGACCCCACGGGGUGAGAUCUUGCGUGGAGCCCCAGAUCGAGGGAGAUUAUCAGUGGUCUUGUAUGUCUUCCAUUUCCUAAUAAUUGCUCCCACAGUUGAUUUCUUCAAACCAAGCUGCUUACCUAUUGCAGAUUCAGUCUUCCCAGCCUGGUGCAGGUCUACAAUUUUGUUUCUGGUGUCCUUUGACAGCUCUUUGGUCUUGGCCAUAGUGGAGUUUGGAGUGUGACUGUUUGAGGUUGUGGACAGGUGUCUUUUAUACUGAUAACAAGUUCAAACAGGUGCCAUUAAUACAGGUAACGAGUGGAGGACAGAGGAGCCUCUUAAAGAAUAAGUUACAGGUCUGUGAGAGCCAGAAAUCUUGCUUGUUUGUAGGUGACCAAAUACUUAUUUUCCACCAUAAUUUGAAAAUAAAUAAAUUAAAAAUCCUACAAUGUGAUUUUCUGGAAUGUUUUUCUCAAUUUGUCUGUCAUAGUUGACGUGUACCUAUGAUGAAAAUUACAGGCCUCUCUCAUCUUUUUAAGUGGGAGAACUUGCACAAUUGGUGGCUGACUAAAUACUUUUUUCCCCCACUGUAGCAUAGAAAAUAUGGCUUUAACAAGCUAUUAACAGUCAAAACGUAAUGUUAUGACUAUAACUACUGUUCCCUGAAGGAGGGAAACGAGGCACAACAUACUAUGGGGAGUUGCACUUUCGCGGAUCUACAAAGCCAAUGAAAUCCGUGCCUCACUGAAAGCACCGCCUCCACAGGUGAUAAGCGUGAGGCUCGGAUUAAUUCCUUCAAUUUAAUACCACGUUUCACUUUCAAUAUCUCCUACAGUCAACCCUUUAAACAAUGGCCAAGAUGCAGCCACACCCCUGGUGGAGUGGGCGCGUACACCGCUAGCUAACCCUUGCCGCUUGCUGCUAUAUGCCAGUGAGAUAGCCUCCGCAAUCCAGUGGAAGAGACGCUGCUUAGAGAGCGCCCUGCCGCGAGCUGGAUUAGCAAAAUAGCCAAAAGCUGGUCACAUAACCGGAUAUCCCGGGUCAGUUCAAUGUACAUGCAUAAAGCUCGCACUGGACACAGGGCAUGUAACCGCUGUUGCUCUUCAGAAGCAAAAGGAGGAGGCGAAAAGGGAAAUUGCUCAAAGCUAAGGACCUGUAGGAUACAGUCAUGACUUUCCGGGCGCAUUUGGACGCAACGUCACCUUAGAGUCGCCUGGGGCGAAUUGAGUACAGGAAGGGUGUACGGAUAAUGCGUGGAGGUCCCCAACACAUUUAGCUGAGGCCAAAGCCAUGAGCAAUGGGUUUAGUGACUGGCCUGAGACUACGUACACUUUUCAGGACUGCACAACCAGGGAUAGCGGCCAUGUAUGCUGAGAAAGCGGCCAUGUACACGUUUAAAGUGGAGAAUGCCCACUCCUGCUCGAAUGCUCCUGUAGGAACAUAAGGAUGUCCCUCACAGAGCACUGAAAAGGAACCAGCCCUUUAUCUUGGCACCAGACCUCAAACGCUUGCCACUUAUACACAUACAGCCCUCUUGUGGAGGGCGCCCUUGCGGACUGAAUAGUAGCAAUAACAUUCAGAGGUAAGCCUCUAGCCAUCAGAUUGGCCCUCUCAGGGGUCAGGCCCAUAGGAACCAAAUCUCCUGCCUCGCUUUCCAAACCUGCUCGUGUGCAUGGGACAAGAGGUUGCUGCACAAAGGGAGUUGCCACGGGUCCCUGCCUAAAAGGCAAAUAAUCUCCAUGAACCAAGGCUGCCUGGGCCAACGGGGAGCCACAAGAAUCAAUGGUAAGCCCUCCCGGCGCACCCUCUCCAACGUGGGCUGAAUCAGAACCACUGGCGGAAUGCGUAAAAGAGGGUCCGAAGACACUGGUGUGCCAGAGCUUCCAUUCCCAACAUGGCACUCGGGUCCCUCAUCGAGAAAAAUAGACGUCACUGCGCAUUUUCUCGUGAUGCGUAACGAUCUACGUCGGCCCUGUCGAACAUCUCCCAUAUCUGGGCAACCACCCAGGGGUGUCUCGACUCUUGAGAGCCCCCCCGGAUAGGUGAUCUGCACCCAAGUUGAGGCAACCGUGAACUUGCAUCACUCGAAGUAAGAGCAAAUGCCCACUGCUCCACAGUAACAGGGAGUGUGCCAAGGUGAGGAGGGGAAGGGACCGAGUCCCACCCUGCCUGUUGAUGUAUGCCUCCAUCGUCUGACCAGCACGUCGUCCCGACAAACACGGGAGGGGGAACCUGAGCGCCACAUUGAAGCCAUCAUCCCUAUCAGGCACAGGAACUGGUGAAAACGUGCAGUGCGCCCCAACCGAAACUCGGGCAAUCAGAGCUGGAACCUGGACACCCUGACAGGGGAUAGAAAAGCGCAAUUUACGUACGAGUCUAACUUGAGACCCAGGAAUGGAAUGUGCUACAAUGGGGUUAGACAGCUCUUUUUCUGGUUUAACCUACCCAUUGGGCAAAAACUGGUUGAAUCAACAUUGUUUCCACAUCAUUUCAAACAACAAAUUUGAUGUGAUAACGUUGAACCAACGUGGGAAAACUGAUUCGAUUUGAAAAAAGUAAUCAACAUAAGGGAAUUUCGUAUUUUUUUCACCCAACUUUUAACCUAAAUCCAAUAACAUGGUGAAAUGUUUUGUUGAUUUCAGAUUAAAUUCACAUUAGUUGACAACUCAACCAAAUCUAAAUCAAAACUAGACGUUGAACUGACUUCUGUGCCCAGUAGCGACAGAAAAUGGGGCACAAGCCUGGAUGUGUGUAACACUGCUUGUUCCCUUGACUCUGCUGCUAUCAGCCAAUCGUCUAGAUAGGCCAACACCCUCAGCCCCUGGCCCCUCAUGGGUGCCAGAGCCGCAUCCACCACCUUUGAAAAGAUGUGAGGCGAGAGGGAUAAGCCAAACGGGAGGACCAAUAACUCGUAGGCUAUCGCCUAGUAAUGGAACCUCAGAAACUUUCUGUGACUGAGGCACAUGGGCACACGAACGUAUGCAUCCUUUAGGUUGAUGGUGGUGAACCAAUCGCCGGGAAGCACGGACCAUAACAUCCGCUGGUUUGUGAGCAUUUUGAACAUGCAAACUCUGAGAUGCUUGCUGAGGACACAUAAUUCUAGAACGGGGCGUAAAGUCCAAACCCCUUUCCGGAACCAGGAAAUACCGGCUGUACCAGCCGUCCUGGAUCUGAAAUAGAAACUACUCAAAACAGGCAAUAAGGCCCUGGGAACAGUUGAUGUGAUGACGCCGCAGAAGCAUGGGGGACGCGCAACAAAUUGUAGCCUGUACCUCAAUGUCACUUUUCGCAUGAUCCAGAGCAACAUUGUGCAUGCGUGCCAUUGGUUGGAGCAGAUAGCGAGCCUCCCGUCCUUUGCCAUCUGAAGGGUCGGGACACCACCUUGUGGACUGUGAGAGAUUGGAUAUUUUUCCCUUUCCUCCACUCUCAACCACCAUGUGUCUGAAUGUGGAGAAGGGACACUUUUCAUUGCACCCACAUAUGGGAGACGCAACACUAUUGACACCCGUGAACACUGUGGAACUUUGGGUGGACACAACUGUGUUUAUGUGCCAAGGUUUGCCUGAAACCUGUCCGGUCCACUCUGGGUUUGGGGGCUCCGGCAAUCAGUGACAUACCCCUGAUUGGCAGUGCCCCUUGGGGGUACUUCUGUCUUAACGAGCCUCACUCAGGCAGUAAGAUGUGUCCCGGUAACCGGCUAGCACCCAGCGCUGGACCGCACGCAUUAGAAAUAGACCCAGAGGAAAACCGCUAUCAUGAAGGUUAUUAUACCCACCAGUCAUAGGUAGCGGUGCCACAGCACCUUGUAAUCCAGCUGGAAAAUGGACAGACAGCUCUGAAAAAUGGACCCCUUCUGUGGUAAUAGACAAGGGCGAUUCAUAAUUUAUUAUAAUUUCCAGGAAUGGAACCAAUCGCCUAUAGAACCCAUAACCUGUAUCACGAAGCACCUCAUAGGGGAUAGUAAACUACAGGCAGGAAUCAGCAAUGAAUCCUAGUAUGAGCCACCUAUUGGGGAGGAGUGCCCCUUUUUGGACAGAGCAAAUCACCCAACUUAUUACUCUCAGCCACGGAGAUUGAUACGCUCCUUGAACCCCAUGGAACAUGAGGUAACUGAGGGGGCUUUAAAGUGACAUUUCUAAAUUGUUCAACUUCAUAUUCAUCAUCACCCCAACAUCAACAUUUGUGAAAAUUGCGCGUUUCUGUUUUGUAGUAAAAAAGAUAGAGGAAGACAUGUGUUUCCAAUGACAUCAUUGGUGUGCAUCGUGUGAUUUUAACCAAUUAUGAAUAGGCAUUGCCUACUAAUUGUCUACUAAUUGGUUGAUGAUGUCAUUGGAAACACAUCUUCCUCUAUCUUGUUUACUACAAAACAUAGAAACGUGCCAUUUUCACAUAUGUUGAUGUUGGGGUGGUGCUGGAGAUGCUGAAUAUGAAGUAGAACAUUUUUGAAAUGUCCCUUUAAACAUGGACAAGCAAACAAACUUAGUUGUGAUUCCGUGACAUUGUAUAGCCUUGGAUGAAGUCCAGUCCCUUAUGGACACAUGGGGCUCCGGCAAUGACGUCACAGUAAUGUUUUUGUGGAGGCGCUCACUGGUCGCUCAGACCUGUGCUAAGACCCCUCGCUCUGGGGUUACCCGAGCCAACUUCUCAGAGACUGCUUCCUCAUCGGAGGUGCCCGCAAGCCCUGCUUCCUCCACUCUCUCCAACUCCAGGAAUUGGAAAUAUGAAUGUGAUUGACAUACUGCCGGGUGAAAGCUAGUAAGCUUCAUUCGCCAGAAAUUAAAGCUAAGCAAACUAGCCUCUUUGACUGCAGCACUGUCCAUUUAGAAUAACCAAGCGACUUCAUGAUAGAUACGUAUACUAAACGAGAGCUACCCAAGCAAUUCCACCUUUAGGAAACUAGCAGUAGCUAGCUCACCUCGGCAAGUUAGCUAACCCUAUGCAGCGCUUGUUAGCUAGCCUGGUCUCAAAAGUCUACGUAGGACCGGAAUACAGAGGUGGGACCCAGACCCUUCUGGGAAGAGAGGCAAUCGGUGAUUAACCAAGGCAGAAACAGGUGGUGGGGGGGAUAUCCACAGAACCUGGCGCCCUCUCUCUACGAGUAGCCUCCCGUAACUGUCGACAGAGCGCACAUGAGCCGGUAGACAUUCGUUCCGCAACUCUGACUCAGCCAAGGUACGGACACCCAGGAGAGGAAGUCACUAUCGGAAACACCAAGCCCCCUAAAGCACCGUGGACUAGUAUGGGAACAGUGCCAGCCGUCUCUUAGUCUCGCACACAAACUGAUUCGAGCGAGGGCAGCCUGAGCAUGCACCGAGCCGAGACAUACAAGACAACAAACAUUAGUAUAUUUUAAUAUACUGGGGCAUGGUCACGAACCCGAACCCGGCUUGUUAGUAGUUUCAUAUUACUUAUUUCAAUAGCUAGGCCAAGCAAUUUGAAUAAAUAGUUCGUGAUUAGGAAACUUAUGAGAACAAAGUUCAAACUUCAGCACACAACGUCCAGGGGGUGAGCACACUCUACCACUAAGGGACAGUUUAGUUGGCGCAACGUAAGACAGUCUCAUGUUCCAAUUGUUUGUUUUAGUAGCGUGAAUUGUUCCUGUUCACACUGAACUGAAGAGUGGAAUAAUUGAAGUAAUGAAUCCGAGUAUCACGCUUAUCACCUGUGGAAGGCGGGGCUUCCAGUGAGGCGCGGAUUUCAUUGGCCUUGUCAGGCGUGAUUGUAGAUCCUUCAACUGAAGUCGUGACAGUGUGACUCCCCAUAGUAUGUUGUACCAAAGUUGACUGACUGAAAGGGAACUGCAAGCAAUUUGUUCAAUUACUUUAUCUUUGUGCUCUCCAGAGUCCCGAACUAGGAACACUGGUCAAGGGGAGGGGGGAGUGAUGAAAAAAGCAUGCAUUUGCAUCCAGAUCAAUCAUUCGGUAUACAUAUCAAGUUGAGUUGAUCAAUGCACUGAAUCAGUUAUGUAAGGAAUGACCAUACAAACUGAAGGAACUCUGUCUAUCCCCUAUGUAUGUUCUCUCUCUUUCUUUCUCCAGCCAUGCCCUACACUUCUUAGCAUUACAUGGGUUUGCUGCAUGACUUUAAUAGCCUCUUCCUCUCCUCUAUUGCCAUUUCCUCUCUUUAUAGCAAAUCCCAGUCUCUUACCAAUGCCUUCAACAUUCCAGAAACCCCAGAGCCACGGACCAGCCUUAGCCAGGAUGAAGUGAAGGCUGAGACCAUACGCAACCUACGCAAAUCUUUUGCCAGUCUCUUCUCAGACUGAGAGAUGGAGUAAGCCCCCUCCUACGCCGACAGAACGACAGACAGACUGAAAGGCAGACCCUUCCCCUCCCUCAACACACAAAGGACCAAUAGGACUAACACCUCCCUAUCAUGGACAUUGAUGUACAUUGAUGUGAAAAUGCACAUAUAAAACAUCCAUUGCCUAUUAUAAUACACUGCCUGUAUAAUACAGAUAUAGGAUCUUAAUUUGACCAGUAUUGUCGCAGCAAAAUAAUCCUGCAGCAACAGGAUUUGAACAUUUA